AUGUCAGUACCGCUCAUUAUAGACCCAACAUCCCCUCUUCUCUCAGACCCUAGCGUGGUCAUCCUCGACGCUUCAUGGCUCUACGCGCCCGAUCCACCGACUCGCAACGCUCAUGACGAGUUCGUUGCAGGUCCUCGAUUUCCGAAUGCGCGCUUUUGGGAUUUAGAUGCUGUUUCCGAACCUCACCCAGAUGGCUACAUACUGAUGCUCCCGUCACCCGAGCGAUUUGCGGAGUUUGCAGGAAAGCAUGGAAUAUCAAAAAAUUCGCAUGUUGUGGUGUAUGAUAGCGAGGGGAUUUUCUCUAGUCCGAGGACUGUGUGGACUUUCAAGGUUUAUGGACAUGAGAAAGUGUCCGUGAUCAAUGGCGGUUUGCCGCGAGCAAAGAAAGAGGGCGUCAAGCUUGAAAGUGGCCCUCCGAAAGAGUUCAAAGAAACACAUUAUCCAGUUCCGACUGUGGCGCGUGAUGCCGUUGUUCAAUUUGAUGAAGUUCUCAAACUCGCACAACGGCCGACUGCAUCAGCCGAGGACAAAUUCUUGAUCGAUGCAAGACCUGCAUCGUCCUAUGAAGCUGGCCAUAUACCCACAUCUCUCCUUCUAGACUUUCCGUCCUCCCUUCUCCGGGAUGAGGCAAAUUUCACGUAUCUUCGACAGCCGGAGGAUUUGAAGCAGCAUAUUGCGCAGCAGCUUGGGCAAGAUAAACUCGAUCAGAUCGUCGCGGGCAAAGCGACGGUAGUCAACAGUGGGUUCUGUAUUGGAAAAUAUUACGGAAAUGAAGAAUAA